AUGGAAUCUUCUCAUGCUGAGAUGCUACCAAGAGACAACGAUGAACAGCUGCCACUAGUGAUGAUGAUGAGGUUCAGAGCCAAAAAGCAACAGCUCGGACUGCUCAACUCCAUCACUGCCAGUGACCUUACAGCCAUUAGUAACAGCGUAGCAACUGUGUGCAAUGGUCCAGGAGACAUAAGCUGUUUAGACUCCUCGUACUUCCCCCCUCUGGAGAGUUUACACAGAGGAGCCCUGAACCAUGAUGAUCAGCUCAGCUAUGCCACAAACGGAGACAGCGGCUGCCUCAACAUGCUGGAUUCCGGCUUUUAUCGCUCAGAACUGGGCCAGAUCAGCGUGUGCAGCACCAAAGACUGUGAACGGCCCUCUAAGAGGCUCAAGAUGGGUCUUUCCGAACCCUUCAUUAACGAUGUGUCUGUUACUAACCUGGGUGUGGAUUUUGAGGGCAGACGUGCACAUCGCAUUACAGGGGCCACAAUGGCGGUGUCAGUCACAGACUUCAGCAGCAUAGGGAGCUCUCAUUCACGACACCACCAACACACUGCACUUCAGUCCGACUGACUCCCUUCUGCCAUCCAGAUACAUUCAUCCGCUCACUGAAUAUUAGUUCUUUUUUUAAAUUAAAAAAAAUAAUAAUAUGUGUCUAUAUAUAUAAAUAUAUAUAUGAAUACUUUUUGGUAGGUUUUUUUUUGUUUUUGUAAUAUGACAUCAGUGAUGUCUUUAUUGUACAGAGCUAAGAAAUCUUGAUUUCUCAAGAGUUUAAAUAGCCAUUUAUUUUUCUGGUCCUUCAGAUAUUUAAUAUCCUUUGUCUUCAGUGAUAUACAGUUAAACCUAAAUGCUGGAGCAGAGAGCCGUGGUCUCUUACUGUACUCAUCCCAACACUAGCAUCUUUGUUUUACUGUCUCACGAAGAAGUUGCUGUCAUUUUUCAUUGUUGUCGUUUUAGGAUUUUUCAUGUAUGUGUUUGUUUCAAAAAUUGGUACUUUUUUCAGUGUUUACACCACCCAAGAUAGACUAAGCCUUGGGAAAUGUAGCAUUUUGUAUAUCAGGAAACUGGUUUUGUAAUUGAAAAUAGUGAUUUCUUUGGAGCAAAAGACUUGCGUGUUUAAACAAAGAGCACUUCUAGUUGCUGAGUUUUUUUUUUUUUU